AUCAUUCGCUUCAUCUUAAGGAUAAGGCAUAUAUGGUGUGAUACAACGUUUUUAAUCCUUCAGAAUGAGCUGGAUCCUUAAAACCUGGUUUGCUGCUUCCUUCUUUGGGCUUAGUUUAGAACACGACAAUUUUUUUCAAGGAUAUGAGUUAUCUUCAUCUGGUUACCACUUAUGUUCUGAAAAUCUGACCGAAACCACCAGCAAGGUGAUACCCUAUCAGAUAUCCUAUUCCGUCCGCAUGCCAUGUGGAGGUUGGCUGCCCUGGAAGAUGUGUCAGAGAACACUCUAUAAAAUGGGUUAUCGCACUAUACACUUCACAUCGACAAAAAGUACUUUCAAAUGCUGUGAUGGGUAUGAACAGGUUAACAACUACUGCGCACUGCCUUUCAGUCGGACUGUGGAGUUCACUGCCAAACCCGGGCACUGCCCUGCGACGCAGACAGGAAUUUGGGGCCCUCGGUGUGAAUGGGACACAGAUUGCCCAGGAUGGCAAAAAUGCUGUGAGGCUAACGGCUACUUUUACUGUGCCAGCCCUGUGGCUAGUGAACGAAGAUGGUGCCUUAAUGUCUCCGUUGUUGUGAGGAUGAGUUUCUAUGACAUGCAUUCUUUGGACAAAGCAAUCCUGAACCACACCAGACUGUUGCACUCUGUGAUAACAGGGGCUCUCGGCCUACCUGCUGUUUCCGUGCACCAUGUUCAUUCCUGCUUGGAGGGCCCCUCCAGCACAGCCUCCAGGCUGUUGGUGUGCUCCUCCCUGGCCCUCUCCCUGUCCGAGAGUGCCACACGACUGCAGCCUCUCCCCAGCCAGAUUGAGGAGAUCUCCGCAGUGGAGGUACAAGAUACGGAUGAAUGCGCCGAAGCGGCGCUCAAUUGCUGCUCGCCGGACGCAAUCUGCAUCAACACCGAGGGCACUUACCGCUGCACCUGUCAGCCGGGGUUCAUCGAUAUGAACGUCAGUAAUGCAGGUGUACACUGUCGGGCUUCCCAGCGGCCCACGAACAGAACACGCAGUAAACUGGCAAGAUUAAACAGCAAUGAAGUCAUCGUGGCCUCGACACAACGCACGCAGGAUAACCUAACCGGGAACCAUAUGCUGCUACCCAAUGCGUCUGACCCUUGGAUGACACAAACUACAGGCCCUCCAGAACUCUGGGCAAUACAUUCGCCGAGUUCUCAGAGCACGGCAUUGACCAUGAAAACCGGCACCUUGUUGCUUCAGGGCACCCCCGCCAACCUUCAGUCCUCAAACUCUACCCCCAAUUCCAGUUCAGACACUGCCUCCUUCAGGAACUCCCCCCCUGGAGUCACGCCGCAGCAUGCAGCACCGGCUACAGGCUGUCCGGCGGCCAUCACCAACGUGAUGCUGGUCAACGUCACUGGCUCUUCCUUCUACGUGACCUGGGCUGUGAACUCCACGGCCAGUCACACUUUCCGAGUGGAGGUGCUGGAGAUGUCGGUUCUGGUGAGCAUGACGCAGACCGGUUACCCCGCUUGGGGAGUGACUGGCCUGGAGCCUGGGGUACUGUACAGUGUCUGGAUCACUCCUUUGGCCUGCGGUGCUCAGGGUGUCCCGGUGAGACAGCAUGUCAGGACAGCUGCGCAAACCAUGUCAGCCACGGCCCGCUUGAGCAACCUGGUGUUCAAGGAGACGUUCCUGAAUCUGAGCAGCCAGGACUACAUCAGUUUCUGCCACUCCUUUAAGAGAGAGAUUCUGUCAUCUCUGUCCCCGGAUAUCCAAGCCCUGGUGAAUUCAAGCGUCGUCAGGAUUCACAUCUGGGGCCUAGCCCAGGGCAGUGUGAUUGUGAACUUCGGGAUCGUCUUCUCUCCGGAUAACUCUCUGAACAUCACGGAUGUGUCCCAUUCUAUUCUGAUAUCCCUGCAGAGCAGUAGCCCGUACAACUUGGAGUUUGAUAUCACAGAUUUUGAUGAAUGCUCCCAGAUGGCAGAUGACUGCUCAGCGUUUGCGACCUGUCAGAAUACAUUGGGCUCCUACACCUGUGUAUGCAAUAAGGAGUACAGGGACACUAAUCCUGAUUGGCCAGGCCGUACCUGCGCAGCCAUUGCUGUGACCACGCCUCCAUCACCGCCAGCGACCACAGCAUCCACUGUCCAUGCCGACUUCGUACCCACAGGAAAUUCUCCCAAAACCACAUUACCGUCACUGGAGUAUCACACACCUGGGCUAUCACUUGCGGAGGCCAUCGGUGUCAAGUGCAGGGCCAACAAAAUAUCCGUCACCAUCUUGAAAGAGUUUCUCCAGGCCAGGAAUAUCACAGAGUCUUCUUUGUACUUAGGAACCCCAAGCUGUGGGGUCUCGAGGGGGAAUGCAAGCCAUGUUGAACUGACAGCUACACUGGGCAUGUGUAACAUGGAGUUCCUGAAUAACAACACUCACAACAUAGCACAAAUAAAGUUAUUCAAUAAUUUGAAUACUGCUCCGGCUCGGAAAACGGUCCUUGCCAUGCCAGUCAUGUGUAUUUUCAGCAACAGCAUGCUUAUUUCAACUGGAUACAGCCCUAUUGGGUACAAUAUGAUUAAGAACGUGGUUGAGGGCACUGGGACCUUUUAUGUGAGAUUUCAGCUCUUCAAUGGCAGCAGCCCACUUUCUCAGAAUUACACACUGUCCCCCAAUGAUGAAGUCAUCAUUGAGAUAGGAGUAAACUCUACGCUGCCCCAAAUCAAGAUCAUCAUUAAUAAUUGCUGGGCUACCCCAAACAGUGAUCCCUUGGACUCCAAAAAAUACACAUUCCUGGAAAACAGUUGUCCAGUCUCAAAAAUGUCCACAGCGGUCCUCGCAAAUGGGAAUUCCAGCACAUCGCGACUUGCCAUCCGUAUUUUUUCCGCUGUGGACGAGAGUGUCAUCUAUUUGCACUGUCAGAUUCAGAUCUGCAUUGAGACUGAAGCAACCACCUGCAAAACUGAUUGCCUGACACGCUCUGGAAGGUAUAAUAAGAUGGCUGGAACAGGCAGAGCUUCAUGUGGGCCCAUCUUUAAGGCUCCAGCUGUUUCAGGCAGCACAAACGUGACUGGUUUUCAUGACGUGGGCUACAUCAUCCUGGGGGUUGGGCUGUUUCUGCUGUGUCUUCUUGUGGUGCUGGCAUCCGUCUUCUACUACAGGAAUCGCAUUGGACGUUACACUUUCAGUUUCAGGCCCAAGCAAGAGAAAGUUACCUACCAUAUUUUUGACACAUAAAUAUCUUAAAUACAUAGUACUUCAGUGUAAAUGUAAGUUGUUCUUAGAACUAGUUAUUGUUACCUACGUUUAUGGGAGGUCAGGUUGGCAUUACUGAAUUUAUGUAUAAUAUCUAUAAUAUAAAACUAUCAUUUUAAAUGAAUAUUUUUAAGUCAAAAUUUGAAUAUUUAUUUUUGCAUAUACCAUUAAAUGUAUAUCAGUAACAGUAAUCAAUCCACAAUGUAGCUAGAUCCUAAUGAACCAUCAUUGCUGGUUUUUGGUCAAGUGAUGCUCAGAAUUUGUAUGUAGGAUGUACUGUAGAAACAUAAAUGUAAUGAUACACAACAUAAGGGUCACAAUAAAUUGCUUCACAUACAAAAAAA